CACAGUCGAUAAUCUUACAAUAGUAUUACAUUCCUACCCAACUUCAGCGUUUAGCGUUGAUUACAUAGAAGAUAGGUUACUUUCGGGUAGGAGUGGCGAGUAAAUGGCCGCUAUAGAUGUCGCCCUGGAGGACACUGCGGAAGAUGGAGACCCUCGAGACCAGCUGACACGAAGUCCAAAUGACGCGUCUGAUGUCGCGGCUCUCGCGACGUGUCUCCACGAUGUGCUAGACGGGGACGAUGAACGGGUGGAUGCUGUGCGUCGUCAAUUCGAAGAAGAUCUCGGCGUCUACUCCGUUGGUGAAGCACGGGAACUGUUCCGAGGUGAGAGAUUGAUCACAGAGAGAAAAGCGCGAGUCCGUGCCAGAGACGUGGGGCGGCGAUGUCCCCGUGCCGUGCCGAGAACAACCGGAAACUUUGCGAACGGUGUUUUGAAAGACAAUGUGUCCUUCAUUGCAGAGGAUUUCCAGCUAUCCCCGCUUCGCGCCGCCAUGGCACUGAGAGGGAAUGUACCGGGCCUUACCGUCUCGGACGCGAAAUCCCUCUUGUUCAAGAUCAAAACGGCAUC